CUUGACCACACGCCAGCUCUGGCGAUAUACCCCUCUCGGCACCCCAGCAUGUCCACAGAAGACUACGACGAGUUCGGCAACUACAUCGGCGGCGACCUCGACUCUGACGACGACUCGGAUGUCGAUAUCGCCCCCGCCGUGCCGUCGGCCCCUGGGCCAGCCGGGCCCAGUGGGAGCUAUGCCCCUCUCGAGGGCUUUGAUGACGAGGACCAGGACGCAGACGAGCCGAUGGACGAGGACGAAGACACAGGCAUGCAGAUGACGCUGCACGGCGUCGACGGCACCGCAGGCAACCAGGUCGUGCUGCACGAGGACAAGAAGUAUUAUGCGACCGCAGAGGAGACGUACGGCCCAGACGUCGAGGCGAUGGUGCAGGAGGAGGACACGCAACUCCUUACCGAGCCCAUCGUACAGCCUGUCAAGGUCCGCAACUUCACCGUGCAGGAGAAGGACCUGCCCAUGACGCGCUUCGACAGGAACUUCAUGGUCGACAUGCUCCAGCACCCCGACAUGUCGCGCAACGUCAUGGUCGCCGGCCACAUCCACCACGGCAAGACGUCGCUCGUGGACAUGCUCGUGUUCGAGACGCACCAGCUUACAUGGGACGCCGACCGGCCAACACGGUACACCGACACGCACGUCCUCGAGCGCGCGCGCGAGAUUUCCAUGAAGUGCGGCCCUAUGACCCUCGUGCUGCCCGACUCGCGCGGCAAGUCGCAUCUCGUCAACCUCAUCGACACGCCCGGCCACCUCAACUUCAUGGACGAGGUUGCGUGCGCAACGCGCCUCGCUGACGGCGUCGUCGUCGUCGUCGACGUGAUCGAAGGCGUGAUGGCCGGUACUGAGGCUGUGAUCCGGCACGCGAUGCAGGAGGGCCUGCCGAUGGUGCUUGUCGUUAACAAGAUGGACCGCCUUAUCCUCGAGCUCCGCCUGCCCCCAUCCGAGGCCUUCUUCAAGGUCAAGCAUACGAUCGAAGAAGUCAACUCGUUCGUCGCGUCCAUCGACCCCGACGAGAAGUACCGCUUGUCGCCGGAGCGCGGCAACGUCGCGUUCGCAUCGACCCAGAUGGGGUGGUGCUUCACCCUCAACACCUUUGCGCAGAUGUACGCCGACACGUACGGCGCACUCGACGUCGAUGCGUUCGCCAAGCGGUUGUGGGGCAACAUCUACUUUGACGGGGAGCGGCGCAAGUUCGUGCGCAACCCCGCCGACCCCGAGUCGAAGCGCUCGUUCGUCCACUUCAUCCUCGAGCCACUGUACAAGCUCUACACAACGGUGUUGAGCGAAGACACGGAUACGCUCAAGGAGACGCUCGCCGACCUGCGCAUCACCCUCAAGCCCGCCAUGUACAAGAUGGACGUGCGGCCGCUGCUCAAGGUUGUGACGGACGCGUUCUUCGGGCCAUCGAUCGGUCUCGUCGACAUGAUCACCACCUUCCUCCCCUCGCCCGUCGCCGCUGCAAGGCAAAAGGUCGAGCGCUCCUUCACUGGCCCUUUAAAUACGCGGCUUGGGGAGGCGCUGCUGUCGUGCGACGCGGACGGCCCGACCGUUGUGCAGGUGACGAAACUGUUCAUGACGACGGACGCGCAGGAGUUCCGUGCCUUUGGCCGCGUCAUGAGCGGCAAGAUCUCGCGCGGGCAACCAGUGUACGUGCUGGGCGAGGGGUACUCGCUCGACGACGAAGAAGACAUGGUGCCCGCAAUCGUCGAGGGGGUCAUGCUCGACGAGUCGCGGUAUAAUGUGGACAUUGAGACCGCGUACGCCGGCAACCUCGUGUUGCUCUCCGGCGUCGAUGCGUCGAUCAACAAGACAGCAACCAUCUACGAGCGCGGAAUCGACGACGACAUGUACAUCUUCAAGCCGAUCCGGCACUUUGCGCAGUCGGUGCUCAAGGUCGCUGUCGAGCCUGUCGCUCCUUCGGAAUUGCCGAAAAUGCUCGACGGCUUGCGCAAGAUCAACAAAUCGUACCCGCUGGUGCAGACCAAGGUUGAGGAGUCGGGCGAACAUAUCAUCCUGGGUACUGGCGAGAUCUACGUCGACAGCGUGCUGCACGACUUGCGCAAGCUCUUCUCCGAGAUCGAGAUCAAGGUGUCGGACCCAGUGACCAAGUUCUGCGAGACGGUAGUCGAGACGUCGGCCCUCAAGUGCUACGCCGAGACGCCGAACAAGAAGAACAAGCUUACCAUGAUUUCGGAGCCCCUCGAAAGUGGGAUUGCCAAGGACAUUGAAAACGGCAAGGUGACGAUGCGCAUGACGAACAAGGAGCGAGGCAAGUUCUUUGAGCAGAACUACGGGUGGGACCUGUUGGCAUCGCGGAAUAUCUGGGCGUUCGGGCCAGACGACAACGGGCCAAACGUGCUGGUCAAUGACACGCUGCCGAGCGAAGUCGACACCAAGCUUCUGACCAACGUGCGUGAGAGCAUCAAGCAGGGCUUCCAGUGGGCGGCGCGCGAAGGGCCACUGUGCGACGAGCCGAUCCGUGGCGUGAAAUUCCGCCUGCUGGAUGCGACUGUGUCUCCGGAGCCAAUAUACCGCGGUGGCGGCCAGAUCAUCCCGACUGCUCGCCGCGUGUGCUACUCGUCGAUGCUGUUGGCGUCCCCGCGUCUCCUGGAGCCAGUGUAUUAUGUCGAAGUGCAGGCGCCGGCAGACUGCGUCGCGGCCGUGUACACGGUGCUCUCGCGGCGCCGCGGCCACGUCACCAAGGACAUCCCCAAGCCCGGCUCGCCGCUGUACACUGUCAAGGCGUAUAUUCCUGUGCUGGACGCGAACGGGUUCGAGACCGACCUGCGUACCGCGACCAUGGGGCAGGCGUUCCCGCAGAUGACGUUUGACCACUGGCAGGUCGUCCCUGGCGAUCCGACAGAUAAGACGAUCCAGCUGCGGCCUCUCGAGCCGGCGCAGGGCCAGGAUCUUGCCCGCGACCUCGUGCUCAAGACGCGCCGCCGUAAGGGUCUCAGCGACAGCAUCGCCGUCGCAAAGUAUCUUGACGACGACUUGCUCGUGGCCAUCAGCGCGAGCAACCCCGACUUGUUGGGGUAGGCGGAUGUGUUGGAGACAAGGGGGAUGAUUGGCCGCGGCCGUGUUGGCGCUGGAGGCGAACUUGUAGUAGAUAAAAGACCGUCGCGCUGCGACGAGUAGAUGCAUGGAGAUCAUGUAGCGUGGGG